AUGGACAAACGAAAGAUGUUGGCGAAAAGGCCACGUAUGGACGUGCGAGGUCCCAUCGCAAAUGGGCCGAUGCAAUCAAGGCCUUUAGUAGCUCUUUUAGACGGGCGUGAUUGCUCCAUUGAAAUGCCCAUAUUGAAAGAUGUUGCCACGGUCGCUUUUUGCGAUGCACAAAGCACUUCGGAAAUUCACGAAAAGGUUUUAAAUGAGGCAGUUGGUGCCUUAAUGUGGCAUACUAUUAUACUUACUAAAGAAGAUCUCGAAAAAUUCAAAACGUUGAGAAUCAUAGUUAGAAUUGGCUCUGGUGUGGAUAAUAUUGACGUAAAGGCCGCCGGAGAACUUGGAAUAGCCGUGUGCAAUGUUCCAGGAUAUGGCGUCGAAGAAGUAGCGGAUACAACACUCUGUCUCAUACUUAAUUUGUAUAGGCGUACAUAUUGGCUUGCAAGCAUGGUGCGCGAGGGUAAAAAAUUCAAUGGGCCGGAACAAGUUCGUGAAGCUGCACAAGGUUGUGCUAGAAUACGUGGAGACACACUUGGUAUUGUUGGUCUAGGGCGCAUAGGUUCCGGAGUAGCAUUAAGAGCCAAGGCUUUUGGAUUCAACGUGAUAUUUUACGAUCCGUAUUUGCCUGAUGGCAUAGACAAAAGUUUGGGUUUGACUCGAGUUUAUACAUUACAAGAAUUGCUGUUUCAAAGCGAUUGUGUUUCACUGCAUUGCACUCUCAACGAACACAACCAUCAUUUAAUUAAUGAGUUUACAAUUAAACAAAUGAGGCCAGGAGCAUUCUUGGUAAAUACAGCUCGGGGAGGUUUAGUUGAUGACGAGAGUUUGGCGGCAGCCCUAAAGCAAGGUCGGAUACGAGCCGCAGCAUUAGAUGUUCAUGAAAAUGAACCUUACAAUGUAUUCCAGGGUCCGUUAAAAGACGCCCCAAAUUUACUAUGUACACCACAUGCUGCUUUUUACUCAGAUGCUUCAUGUACGGAACUUAGGGAAAUGGCGGCAAGUGAAAUAAGAAGAGCGAUUGUAGGAAGAAUACCUGAAUGUCUUAGAAACUGUGUUAAUAAGGAAUAUUUCCUUCCCAGUGGCGGUUAUCCUGAAGGUAUCAACGGGGGAUAUUACGCUGGAGCUCUUCCCGUUCAACAAGCCCACUCAACAACUCCACAUGAGGUGCCCCACUCUGUUGGAAGCGGAAGUGCUGGAGGGCCUCCGAGCGCCACAGCUGGUUCGGUGUCGGGAAUUCCACACACACUGCCGCUAAGUGCGCCCGAUCCAGCCAAUCAUCAUUCUCAAAAACCUGAGCCGUCUGAGGUACAUUAA